CUUUGGAGGGGGGUCUUGGAAGUCCUUCAGUCUCCUUGCAGUGUCAUUCAGUGAAAAGAUCCUUUCAACUCACAAGUCAACUAGAAGAUGCCAGAACCUACAAAGAAACCAGCUUCAGCAUUCAUCAAGAAACCAAAGACAAGAGAUGUCUCAGCAGGAGGCACUGCUGUUUUUGAAGCAGAGACGGAGAAGUCGGGCAUCAAGGUGAAGUGGCAGCAAAACGGUGUAGAACUUACCACAAGCGAGAAGUUUGUCAUCCAAUCAGAGGGGAAUAAGCACUCCUUGACCAUUAAUAAUGUUGGAAAAGAGGAUGAUGCCACUUAUGCUGCGAUUGCUGGAAGUUCCAAGGUCAAAUUUGAACUUAAAGUGAAAGAACCAGAAAAGAUGGGAGAGGUUCCUCCUCCUGAAGUUUCUUCUGAUCAACCAACAGUCUCAGAUAUACUUACUGUACCAGAUGCUGGACCUAAAGAGGCUGGAACUACAGAUGAUAGCAAAGUCUCAAAAGCUCUCCCUACAGAAGCCCAGAAAGAGAUACCUGUCGAUCCAAUUGGUAUCUUUGUGACUCGCCCACAGGAUGGGGAAGUUACAAUUGGUGGGAGCAUUACAUUCACUGCUGUAGUGGCAAGUGAAAGCUUGCUGAAGAAACCUACAGUGAAAUGGUUCAAGGGAAAGUGGAUGGACCUGGGAAGCAAAGUGGGAAAACACCUCCAGCUUCAUGAGAGUUAUGACCGAACCAACAAGGUUUAUGUCUUUGAAAUGAACAUUAUUGAUGCAAAACCAACUUAUGCGGGGGGAUAUCGAUGUGAGGUGGCUACAAAGGACAAAUUUGAUAGCUGUAAUUUUACCCUGGUUGUCCAUGAGGCACCUGCCGCAGCUGACCUGGACAUCCGAUCAGCAUUUCGACGGACGAGCAUGGCAGGAGGAGGGAAGCGGACAGCAGCCUUAUCCAGUGUGGAUGGCCAAGAUGAAGGCAGGGAGUUGGAUUUCACUACCUUGCUGAAAAAGAGAGACAGUUUCUUGCGCUCAGUACAUCGAAAUGAGGGAAAAGUUGAAUCGCAACCAGAGAUUGAUGUCUGGGAAAUCCUUCGGAAAGCUUCUCCGUCAGAAUAUGAGAAAAUUGCAUUUCAAUAUGGCAUCACUGAUCUGCGGGGAAUGUUGAAACGCCUCAAGCGCAUGAAGAAGGAGGAGAAGAAAAGCACAUCAUUUCUGAAGAGGCUGGAUCCUGCAUAUCAGGUUGACAAAGGGCAGAAAAUCAAAUUAGUAGUAGAACUUGCUAACCCAGAUGAUGAAGUUAAAUGGCUCAAGAAUGGGCAAGAGAUCCAAGUGAGUGGCAGCAAAUAUAUUUUUGAGUCUCUGGGAAAUAAGAGGAUCCUGACCAUCAACCACUGCUCACUGGCUGAUGAUGCAGCAUAUCAGUGUGUGAUUGGCGAAGAGAAAUCUUUCACAGAACUGUUUGUAAGAGAGCCUCCCAUCCUGAUUACUCAUUCCCUGGAAGACCAGGUGGUCACAGUUGGAGAAAGAGUGGAGUUUGAAGCUGAAGUGUCUGAAGAAGGGGCUACUGUGAAAUGGGAGAAGGAUGGUGUCGAGCUUACUCGGGAAGAGGCAUUCAAAUAUCGCUUCAAAAAGGAUGGUAAAAAGCACUACCUCAUCAUCAAUGAGUCCACCAAGGAAGAUAAUGGGCACUACAAAGUCAAGACUAAUGGAGGGGAGUCUGUUGCAGAAUUGAUUGUACAAGAAAAGAAGCUGGAAGUGUACCAGAGUAUUGCAGAUCUGACGGUGAAGGCACGAGACCAGGCUGUGUUCAAGUGUGAGGUGUCUGACGAGAACGUGAAGGGCAUCUGGCUGAAAAAUGGGAAGGAGGUGAUCCCAAACAAUCGGAUUAAAAUCUCUCAUAUUGGCAGAAUCCAUAAACUAACCAUUGAUGAUGUGACCCCAGAAGAUGAAGCUGAUUAUUCCUUUGUGCCUCAAGGAUUUGCAUACAAUCUCUCAGCACAUCUGCGAUUUUUGGGUAAGUUUCCUGGAAUCUCUUUUCUAAUACCAGGUAGGAAUGUACAUCAGGGUCUGUCUGUCCGUCUGUUUUUAAAUACACAUUUCAUAGCUAAGCAUUAGCUCCUGUUGCUGAAU